UGCAAGUACAUGGAGUGUAUUUUGGCGAAACAGUUUGUUCACCCAUUUGCUUAUAUAUUUAUUUAUUGUAGUAAUGGUGAUGUCAAGUAAACAUCAGUUCAUCUUAAACAUAUGAAGGAAAUAUUACAGUGUUUCGUGGGAUUGCAGGAGAGGUUGGUGUCUCAAAUAUUGCAAAGUACCUUUUUGUUACUGAUGAGUCUGCAUUUGGUACUUUGCUGACCCAGAUUGAACAUACUACUGGUUGCACAGUGAAGUUGAGGAAAGCUUGGAAGCAUCUGCAAAGUUCUCGUUAUCACAGUAAUAUUUCAAGAAUUUAGCUUUAUAAAUACGCCAUGUUCCUUAUACACCUGCUGAGGACUCUAUCCUUCCAGGAGGCGUCUGACAGGAUGAGAUGGAACGUCCUAAGGGAUAGAUCCCCCUACGAGAAAAAGUUGGUCGAUGUUGUCCCAGACGUCAUGCAGAACCUGUUGCUCUACGUUGCCAUGUGGAAACCUCACAUGAAUAGCAUAUUACCCCUUGAGCCUGAUGCAUACGAGUUGGAGACGAGUCUCCGGUUUAGAAUUGUUUACGGCGAGUUCCCCUGGAGCAGUGAGCUGUUUUCCAACGGAUUGCCCAGUUUUCGGGUGCAGCCGGGGGUGGCGCUGCUGGCGGUGAGGGAGUACGUCGCGAGACUCGAAGUCCCUCUCCUGGACCCGCCGGAGCUAUGGCACAGCAUCGGCAAGAAGCUCAAGACCUUUCGCAAGCAGCCUUUCCUCACGAUAAUCCCGUACAGCUUUGUGAGCGGCGUCAGGCCUUUGCUGAAGGGGUUGACCAAAGGACAGUCGACCUUGCUUGAUCAAAUCGUCUUCCUCAUGCGUGUCCUUUGCAAGGAUCGACAGCAGCAUGUUAACGUCGACCAACUUCUUCAGCUUGCCAGAUUCUGGGCAGUGGCGAUAUCGCGCCCGGGCAGCAUCAAGGGCAGCCUUCAGUGUACUUUUCUCGGCAAAAAAAGGCACUAUGAAGGCAUAGCUCGAGUGCUCUUCACGUCACAACAACGUCAACCAAUUACAGUAUCACAAAGACUUACACAAAGGACUUAUAUUUGCAUCAACACACAAGAUAAACAUGCACCAGGCACUCCCAUUAAAAACACACUCCAGCUUGGGAACGUCUCACUGAGAUUUAAACAACUGAUGUCCAAAGAGUAA